AUGUCCCCCUUCCCUCUUAUCUUCGGCUCGGGCAACGUCGCCCGCAAUGAGCCCGCUGCGCCCCGGGGCUUGUUCGGAGCUGCCCAGAUCAACAUGGUCCCCCGCCAGGACUCCGCGGCAAGCGCCGACAGUGCUGCCACCGCCGUGCCGACCGAGUCUUUGGCAAGCAAGGGCGACAGCGCCGAGGGCGGCCCCGAGACGUACUGGGAGUGCGACGACCCGGAGAACCCGCCUGACUGGGCCAAGGGUCCCGACGGCCAGGUCACGAAGCGCCCCGUGCAGUGCCCAUCGAGGACCACUGUGGCAGUCGCUGCGGACAAGACCGAGUCUGUCGUCCCGAACGACGGCAAGCACUACGACCCCCAGCACCGCACCGGCACCUCGACGUACGUCGAGGCCACCGGAUCGAAGAGCACUACCGUGCCCGAGGACGCGACGGCGAAGGACCCCCUGCACCGAACGGGCACGUCGACGGUCAUCGAUGCCACUGGCUCGAAGAGCACAGCUGUCCCCGAGGACGCCACAGCGGUCGACCCGCUCCACCGUACGGGAACGUCGACGUUCGCCCAGGCUACCGCCGCCACUUCGCAGGCUGCUGCUGCCUCUGCCGAUGCGCAAAAGCAGGACGAGAAGACCACGGGCUCCGCUGCUGCUCGCAAGGUCGGCGUUGCUGGCGUCCUGGCCGCCGUUGCGCUUUCGGUUGUCAAUUUCUAG